AUGGCUACUGCGCCAAUGACGACAGAUCCAUCGAGGCUGUCAUUCGCAAAGGUUGCCGCCUCAGCUGGGAAAGAUAAUGUAGCUCUCGCUUCGUUCGCAAAAAUUGCUGCUUCUUCAACUUCUGUACGAGAUACGAGAUCUGAAAACAUAGCUCCAACUGUACAUGAAAACAAAGAUACAAACAUGCCUAGUGCUACACGCAAUGAUACUGGCAAUAUGGCCACUCUCAAAGAGACGGGCACAUCGACAAACGAUCAAUCCUCAAAGAAGAGGACAAUUACCGAGAGCAAACCUAUGGCUGCUAAGAAGGAAUCAGAUUUGGCAGAUGCGGUUAAAGCGAUGCAAAUCCGUGAUAUCACACCAAGCCUUGUUGUCAAUGGCUCAGGGAUUGCUCCUCCUACCCACAAACGAGACCUGGGAGAAGGAUUUCCAGAAGAUCCAUUUCAGAGAACAGAAUCUGGGUCCGACCUAGGAACAAAGCCUCCAAGUCUGGAUGGAAAGAGCAUUACCUCGGGUACAACAUUCGCUUUGGAUGAGAAGGAGUCUUUACGUCCUGAUGACAGCGCGAGCGUAAAAGCAGCUGAAGAUGAUGAUACAUUUUCGGGUCGCGGUUCUAUUGUUGCUGGUUCUAGAAUUGGAUCUGAAGCAGCUGCAAGAGCUUAUCGUGCACAGUUCUAUGAGGCCCCUGAUCGACGUAGUAUACAACUCAUGCAGGAGCGUCAAACCCAGGGCGUUGUUACUCCUCAGAGUGGAUCGUCUGGACAGCAAACUACGGAUGAUAAGUCCAAGCCGCUUGUAGGCCCAUCAGGUUCAACUGAAGCAGCAUUCACACUCUUCUAUCGUCAGACGCCUGAUGAAAAACUUUUGGAGGCAUUGGAAUCUCCAAAAGACCGCAUCUUUCUCCUCCGUCUCGAGAAGGAUGUUAUUGAGUUUGUGAAGGAUUCCAAGGAACCUUUUAUCGAUCUCCCACCGUGUAACUCAUUUUGUAGAAUGUUGACUCACAAGUUGGCGGAUUAUUACCACAUGACACAUCAAGUUGAUGCUGUAGUUGGAGCAGUCCGUAUCUUCCGAACACCAUUUUGCAGGAUCCCGCCAUCACUAACAAGCAUUUCCAAUCCUCCUACCACUGGAAACACCCCACCUCCCAAUCUUCCUGCAAUGAAGAUCAUGCGCAGAGGUGGUGAUGGUGAUACUGGACCGAGCCCCUCGAAAGCUACUUCCGAGACUGGAAGCGAUAGCAAAGAAAAGGCACAGUCCGCUAAAGAGAAACUUUCGCGAGAGGAGCGAGAAGCAGUUUAUCUUGCGGCCCGGGAACGAAUUUUCGGCAAAGAUGAUAAAUCCGGCGAGGCCACACCAGAAACUGACGAGGGUAACGAGAUGUCGCGUUCCAGCUCUGUCUCCACAAAGGAUAAAGGCAAGAGGGGUAAAGUUGGAAAGCAGCGUCGUGACGACUCUGAAAGCUUCGACGUUCGAUCUCAAUACACUCCAUACUUUCCACAACAACAAAAUCAGCCAGCUUGGAUCCCCACCCAGAAUUUCGGCGCAAUGGGAGUUCAGCAAUACAAUGGUGUCAUGCCAAACAAUUAUCAAAACCAGAUACAACCUCAAUAUGCUCCACCUCCGCAACCAUUUAAUCCUGCUAUGAUGAGCAAUGGAAAUAUGCAAUCAUACAAUAAUAUGACACCACCGCAAUUUCCUCAGCAAAGUCAGCCACGUUACCAACCACAUAGUGCUCCAAUCACGACUUACGGUACACCUGCACAGUCUCCUCAACCUCCGCAACAAUGGAUCCCACAAAAUCAAUACCCAGGAGGCCAGUAUCCAUCGCGAGGACCUGUUGCAGGAGGACCACCUAACACUAUCCCGUACGCGUUUGGACAACUGCCCAGCACGGUAAACCCAGCCGAUCCUAAAAGUCAACACCCAAUUCCAGGAAGUUUUAUUAACAGACACGCAUUCAAUCCAAAGACGCAGUCGUUUGUCCCUGGCAAUCAAGGUCUUCCUAUCCCACAGCCCAUGUCUCAUCAUGGAUCUCCCCACCACGGUUCCCCGCACCAUGGAUCUCCUCAUCUCUCUUACAGCAACUUUUCUCCGCCUCAGCAACAGUACGGUGCUGGAAUGGGCUAUAGCAUGGCGAGACAAGGGUCUAAUAGCUCUUUACCCUCGUAUCAUGCAUCUCCACACAUGGCGCAUAGACCAAUGAUGCAUCAGAAUAUGCCGCAAGGUCUCCCUCAAGGCCUUCCUCAAGGUCAUCUUCAAGGCUUACCGCAAGUUUUGCCACAAACUAUGCCACAUGGUAUGCCACCAGGAAUGCCACAGGGCAUGGUCCCAAAUGCUCAAGUUGGAAGCCACCUUCCUAACUUCGGCAACCCAGCAACUUUACCUCCAAAGCCUCCAACUGGUGUCUAG